AUGCCCGCAGCUCCCGAGAGGCCCGUGAAACAAGAGGAAAUGGCUGCCUUGGACGUGGACGGCGGCGGCGGCGGCACCCACGCCGAGUAUCUGCAGCAGCAGCAGCAGGGCAACGGCAACGGCGCCUCCUCCGCGGACGCCUCAGACGAGGCCGGCGCCCCUCAGGACACCCAGCCGUCGCCGCUGGCGCUGCUGGCGGCUACCUGCAGCAAGAUCGGGCCGCCGUCGCCGGACGCGGAGGACGCGGAGGAGGAGGAGGAGGAGGACGACGAAGCCUCGCAGCCGGCCGGAGCGACAGGAGAUUUAUCCUCUGUACAGUUAGCAGGAACUCCAAAUAGAUGGGAGGUGCUGUCUGCUACACCUACAACCAUCAAAGAUGAAGCUGGCAAUAUAGUACAGAUCCCGGGGGCUGCCGCAGUAACUUCGAGCGGGCAAUAUGUUCUUCCCCUUCAGAGUCUGCAGAACCAACAGAUAUUUUCUGUUGCACCUGGGUCGGAUUCAUCUAAUGGUACUGUCUCUAAUGUCCAAUAUCAAGUAAUACCCCAGAUUCAGACGGCGGAUGGUCAGCAGGUUCAGCUUGGUUUUGCAGCCUCUUCUGACAAUGGUAGUGUGAAUCAAGAAACCGGUCAAAUUCAAAUCAUUCCUGGCUCCAAUCAAACCAUAAUUGCCUCUGGAACAUCUUCUAGUAAUAUUCAGAAUAUUUUGUCACAAACUGGCCAGGUCCAGGGGGUUGCAAUUGGAGGUUCAUCUUUUCCAGGGCAAGCACAGGUGGUUGCUAACGUCCCUCUCGGUCUGCAAGGAAAUAUCGCUUUUGUUCCCAUCAAUAGUGUUGAUCUAGAUUCUCUGGGACUGAGUGGUUCUCAAACCAUGACUGCAGGCAUUAAUGCCGAUGGACACCUGAUUAAUACUGCACAGGCAAUGGACAGUUCAGACACUUCUGAUAGGACUGCUGAACAGGUUUCUCCUGAAAUGACAGAAAACACCACUGAAACAGACUUAUUUGUGCCAACGUCGUCAUCUUCACAACUGCCUGUUACCAUAGACAGUAGUAGUAUACUGGAACAAAAUGCAAACAGCUUGCCCGCCACCACUGGGCAGGUACACAGUUCUGAUCUUCAGGGAAAUUACAUGCAGACAUCUGUCUCGGACGAGGCGCAGGCUCAGAAUAUUCAGGUCUCCACAGCACAGCCUAUCGUGCAGCAUAUACAGCUCCAAGAGUCUCAGCAAACAACCAGUCAAGCCCAAAUCGUACAAGGUAUCGCGCAACAGACAAUCCACAGUGUGCAAGCCAGCCAAGGUAUAUCCCAGCAGGCGUUGCAGAACCUUCAGCUCCAGUUGAACCCUGGAACUUUUUUAAUCCAGGCACAAACUGUGACCCCGUCCGGGCAGAUAACUUGGCAGACGUUUCAAGUGCAAGGAGUCCAGAAUUUACAGAACUUGCAGCUACAGAAUGCUCCUGGCCAACAGAUAACGUUAACACCGGUGCAGACGCUCACCCUGGGACAAGUUGCAGCUGGCGGGGCUUUGACUUCGACUCCAGUUAGUCUAAGUACUGCUCAGUUGCCAAAUCUUCAGACAGUUACAAUAAAUUCCAUAGAGACUGGUGGCAUUCAGCUGCACCCAGGAGAAAACGCGGACAGUCCGGCAGAUAUUAGGAUUAAAGAAGAGGAGCCUGAUCCUGAAGAGUGGCAGCUUGGUGGCGAUUCGACACUGAAUACCAAUGACCUGACGCAUUUGCGGGUGCAGGUGGUAGACGAAGAAGGGGACCAGCCGCAUCAAGAAGGGAAAAGAUUGCGAAGAGUUGCUUGCACCUGUCCUAAUUGUAAAGAAGGCGGAGGAAGGGGCACUAAUUUGGGGAAAAAGAAACAGCACAUCUGUCACAUACCAGGCUGUGGGAAAGUGUACGGGAAGACGUCUCACCUGAGAGCUCACCUCCGCUGGCAUUCUGGAGAGCGUCCAUUUGUUUGCGGUUGGAUGUUCUGCGGCAAAAGGUUUACUCGCAGUGAUGAACUACAGCGGCACAGGAGAACGCAUACAGGGGAAAAGAAGUUUGUCUGCCCGGAAUGUUCAAAACGCUUCAUGAGAAGUGACCACCUCGCCAAACACAUUAAAACCCAUCAAAAUAAAAAGGCUAUUCAUGCCACCAGUACAAUGCUGGCCUCGGUAGAAGCAGCAGCAGAGGAUACUUUGAUUACUGCAGGUGGAACAACACUUAUCCUUGCUAAUAUUCAACAAGGUUCUGUUUCAGGGAUAGGAACUGUCAAUGCAUCUGGCACCAGCAAUCAAGAUAUUCUUACCAACGCUGAGAUACCUUUACAGCUUGUUACUGUUUCUGGAAACGAGACAAUGGAAUAAAUAUUACACAAGAUACCUAUUAAUUGUGGUUAUUUUUAUACAGUAGUGAGAAGAAUAUUGUUCCUAAGUUCUUAGAUAUCUUUUUAUUGAUGUGCAAAAAUUUUUUGGAAUGACAGUAACUUGGUUAUACACGACACUGAAAUGCCUUACUUUGUAUGAUAUUCCAUAGUAUAUUAAAAUGGUAAAAUUGCAUGGAUUUUGUAGGUACUUUUGGAAUCUAGAAGAGAUUAAAUUUUACCAACUUGUAUAAAAAAAAAAUUUAACGAUGGAAAUGGUAGUCUAAUCAAAUGCAUCAAUCCUUUGUGGUUUAGUGUAAAAAUGAGAACAUGUUGGUAUUUAUCUAUUGUAAGAUAAAAAAAGUUGAUUGGUGAAAAGAAAUCAUGUUAUGAUAAAAGACAUUUUGUAAUUUUUCUUGAUGACUGGAAUUUUUAUUAUGCAUAACUGACAAAUCAAGUUUCCAAGCAAAUGUUACAUAGUGUAGGCUUUACUUAGCUCAUCAAGCUGUCAUUUUGAAGCUAAUUAUUUUAAUUAGGUUAACUAUGUACAAUAUUUUAAGCAUUACUCUUGUAAGAUUUUGAAAACUACAUUUUAACAUGGAAUAGGGACAGUCACCUUUUAAAUUCUGUUGAAAAGCCAUGUUUAAGGUUUAAUUUUUGCCAAAAUAAUGUCUUGUUAAUAUACUUUCAGUAACCAAUUUGGGCAAUAUAACCAAUGUUUAAAAAUAUUCAAAGGCUUAGAGAAAUAGGUUGCAACAUUUUGGGUGGUAUAACAGAUAUUAUUAAGAAAGAUCCCUUUUCUUUAAUAUUGGAGGACCAAAAAAAACCAAGGGGUGUUUGCUUCAGCAGUGGUUUUAUCUAAUAUUGUCUCCAAAAAUAUCUGUCUAUCAGGGCCUUAAAAGCCAUCAUGUAAAUUACCAGUUAAAACAUAUGCAAAUAAUGGAAAACUAGUUCCACAGGGACAGUACUUCAAACCACAUUAAUAUUAGUCAUAGAGAAACAAUAAUAAUUUUUGCAAGGCUUUCUUCUGUUAAUCUUUUGGUUAGUUGAUCUGCAUUUAAAUGUCCACAUCUUUCCUUUAUGCUUUUCCCCUUAAAUUGUAUGUAUCCAGUACAUUUAAUUGAUAAACAUAUAUGUUUUUUAUUAAGCUGAAUUUUUUUUUAUUUUUUAAUUACUGUUUAUAUUUUCAAUUAUAGAAAAAUGUACAAACUUAAUUUGCAUAGCCGGUCUGUAAGUGUUCUACCAUUUUACAAAAAAAAGUACAAUAAUUACAGCAGUUCAUCUAUUUACAAACAUUUGAAAAUCUGUUCAUUUGUUCUUAAAACCACCUCAAAUUUAAAGGCUACCUUAUUGUACGUUUAAAGUGUAUUAUAACAGUGUGGUAGUUAAUAAAACACUAUUUUUUUUUCCCUUUUGA